GACGUCCAGCCGGUUGCGGUUCAAAGAGGAAGGAAGAUGGCGGACAACAAAGGCGAAGAGGAUAUGGAGAGUUCUUCCAAAUUAGAUUCAGAACCUCAGGGAGAGGAUAGCGGAGACCCCGAAUUGAAAGAUGUGAAUACGCUGAUUGCCAUAGAGACAAAUUUGAAAGAAGGAGAGGAUUCACAAUCCCAGGAGAAUGUUUCCCAGAUGCCUAAACCCGCUAACGACGUCGUUAGCGGAGGAGGGGACGCUAGCAGCAACAGCGCGGGCACAGGGGAAGAAGGCAGCAUUAGCAGUAACGUUAGCCCAGUUUGGAACACCAAUGGGGCGACAACCGAAUUGAAAAAUGUGAAUGCGGUGAUUGUCACAGAGCCAAAUUCGAAAGAAGGAGAGGAUUCACAAUCCCAUGAGAAUAUUUCCCAGGUGCCUACACCCGCUAACAUUAGCGGAGGAGGGGACGCUAGCAGCAACAGCGCGGGCGCAGGGGGAGAAGUCAGUACGAGCAGCAGCCCAGUUGGGAACACCAAUGGGGGGACAACCGAGUCCUCGGCUGCUGGGGACACUGCUGGAACCUCACCAGCACUCACAACCGAUAUGUCCCCACCAGCCAACCCCGUCACCCCAAUAAACCUCAUGGAUACGUGCGCUGUGUGUAAACAAAGUCUCCAGACCCGUGACUGUGAACCUAAACUCUUACCGUGUCUUCACUCAUUUUGCUUGAAAUGUAUCCCCCAGCCAGAGCGACAAGUUACCGUACAGGUGCCCGGGCCGAACGGACAGCCAGACACCCACAUAGGUGAGUGUAGCCUACUUUCAAGUGGGCAUGGAAUGCACAAUUGCUAGCUACAGUGGUGUAGGCACCAAGUACCAGCAAUUGUGUAUAAACGUUGAGUACCAUGCAGCUGCCAAAUGGUCAGCAAGCAUAAUGACAUGCUAAGUCGACUUGAUGGCAAGUUUCAGGAUAAUAUUGGUUUUCACUAAUUACUAGCCGUCAUAUGGAGAUAGAUAGUAGCUAUAUAUUACUCGCACUGUGACUCUUCUUACAAUCACAUUGGCCAUAAUCUAGUUGUGGUAAUACAACAUAGCAUACUGAAUAGUCAACAGCCCCUGGGCCUGAUAGGCCAGUUAUGGGCAAUUCCAUGGUAACACCGAGACUCAGAUUUGUCACUUUAAAAUGUAUGUCAAACAAAAACCAAUGAUUGUAAAGUUAAAUAAUUCAUACAACUCUAUGCACAAGGCCUACUUAACAAUUUCCUCUGAAAAUGUUACAAAAACACAUUUUACUUGAAGAGUGCAUAUGCAACAUUUGGUAACAGAAUGAUGGUUUGUGCUGUUUGUGCCAUCAUUCUGUUAACAUUACUUAACUUUGCAUCUGCACUGCUCUUCAAGUAAAUGUGCAUAGAGUUGUAUGGUUAGUUUAUGCCAGAAGAGGAUUCAUAUUGAAUGUCACAUGUGCCCCACAGCUAGAUACAGAAUAUAAUUAUUCUCAGUUUCUCUUAUCUGUAAAGAGCCUUGGCCUAGGACCCAAAAUUCAGUUUCACCAUCCGUGGGAAGUUUGUCCAUCCACACAACAUGAUCGUUGCAUGACAUGUCAACUACAACAUAAUAGGUGUAGGUAGCCUCGAGGUUUAAGUGUUGGGCCAGUAACGGAAAGGUAGCUGGUUUGAAUCGUGGAACCAACAAAGUUAAAAAUCUGUCUGUGCCCGUGAGCAAGGCAUUUAACCCUAAUCAAGGGGAGUUGGGAUAUGCAAAAAUACACAUUUCCAUGUCACACAUGCGUGUACAUGUGUGAAAUAGGACAAAUACAAGCACCCACCUAAUUAUUUUAUAUUUAUCAUACAUAUGCCUAUAAUGCCAUUGACAAAUCAAAUGACAGAUGAAACAUGGUGCUCUUGGUUUCUGCUGAGAAUAAAUUAUCUGCUUUCCAGCUAUACUUAUUUGUCAUUUUGAUGCUUUUCCCAGUUCCGAUUCAAUUCACCUACACAGUAAUGUCCAAAGAAGUCAACUUUUUGCAGUUUGCUGUAAUGAUUAGUCCAUGCCUAUUUCUCCCUAUGCAAUAUUUUGGAUUACUAUUUACUUUUACUCUAUCAAUGCUAAAUUCUAGUAAACCAGAUCUUGAUACAUUAACCCUAGGCUAACUACUGACAUUCAAAACUCAUUUACAGACAUUUUAUGGGUAAGUUAUUAAAGCUUAGGUCUAGAUAAUGGGCAACCAAGAACACACAAUUCCAGCAUUAUUUCUGGCAUUAAAUCAAGGUACAAUGUUUCCCAUUAUAGUUGUGACCUUCUAGUGGUGGGGUGGAGUGGUGGUCAUGUAGACAGACCAUGUGGUAAGGCCAUGGGGUGAACAUGUCUGACCCCCAACCAUUACGAUACAUUUGAUAAUGCCCAGGAACACUGCCCUUUCUGCUUGCCAGCACUCAUUGCACUCAAAUGCCAUUAUGACACAUCGGCCUACACCUAGUCUGGUCCUCCUAGAUCUGUUUGUGCGUAUUGCAGCAAACCCCCUAUGGUCAUUGAUGUGCCAAACUUUUGGCAUUGACAAUGACCAUAGGGGUUGGCUGCAAUACGCACAAACAGAUAUAGGAGGACCAGACUAGGUGUAGGCUGAUGUGUCAUAAUUGCUUUUUUCAGAAGGCAAUGAGUGCUGACGAGCAGAAAAGGCAGAAACAGAUCUGGGACCAGGCUGCACCUAGCCAAUUUAUAUUCAAUGCCUAUGGCAAUUUGGCCAUUGUGGUCAAAACUACCGAAGGGUUGUUCUUUUUUUCUGUUAUGACCCACUUUGUCUUACCAACAUGGCUAAGUUUCGAUGAAUUCGAUGUAAAACAUAAAUACAAACUCCUAAAUAAGAGCACCAAGUCUACAAAAAAUAAAAUUGCCACUUGGUUUGGUAUAGACUACCUACAGCUGAUGGUUUGGUAUAGACCACCUACAGCUGAUGGUUUGGUAUAGACUACCUACAGCUGAUGGUUUGGUAUAGACUACCUACAGCUGAUGGUUUGGUAUAGACUAUCUACUGCUGAUGGAUUGAUUUGGGGAAAUGUAAACACUCACAUUUGAACUAUUAAUGCAAGGACUUGCAGUCCAUGAGAUCGAUAUCAUGGUUUUAAACAUAUUUUGAAGCUACACAUUGUUUAUUUACAAAGACUGAAAUGCUAAGAAAAUCAUAGGCCUAAAUUAAGUAUUAGGCCAAUCAUACAACGUUAUAUUUUGGUUUAUUUGCCUUGCCCUCAAGGCGAUUGUCUGAAUGUGGCAUCUGUUUUUAGAUUCCAUGUAGAUAUGUAGCUGUACAGCCUAACCAUUAAACAAACAUGUGGACUAAUAGUACAAGAUUGUCAGCGUCAUACACAUGUAGGCUAUUCAAAAGGUCAGGCAUGACAGGUGCAACAAAAUUAGACUGUAUAUUUAAUAAGUUGGCCGUCUUCUUAGUUUUCCCCUAGUCUGAUUUUCUAUGUUAUUUUCAAACAUUCAUGCAUGAAAUUCUGCCUAUUAGGUCAUAUAAAUGGUAUAAUGUAACAAUAACAGACCAUGAUUUUGAAAAAUGUGAAAUUGUAUUUCGAUACAGUUUGUGUGCAGUGCACUGCAUGCAUGUGUUUGCAUGCGCCCUGAUUUGCCUCAGUUCAAAGUGUCACAGCUGCAGUGGCAGAUCAGUCUUGGUGGUGUGGUCUCCUAAACCCUUUCAGCUGCACUCACAGCCAAUCACUCACAGCCCAUUGCAGUUGGGGCUUACACAAACCGGCUGUGUGCAGCAUGAGCUGGUAUAGACUGGCUCAAACCGGAUUGAGCUGGUUUGUGCUGCAUCCAGUAAUGUACACAGAAAUUUAAUUAAUGGGUUUAAGGGAGUUGAGAGGAGUUAAGUUUGGGGGUGGAGCAGUUAAGGAUUAUGUAUUCAACAUUUAGCUUGCAGUUAAGGAUUAUAUAUUCAACAUUAAGCUGAAGGGUUAUGUAUUUUCAACAUAUCAUUGCCCACUUUUCAUACAGCUCACAUUUGCGUGUCUCAUAUGAGCAUAUCAAUCUGUCAUUAUUCAGAAAUCUUGAAAAUAAUUGGAAAUAUUGGGGUGAAUCUGAAUAUGAUAAUUGAAUGGAUUUAUAUAAUGAAUUUAUAUUCCCAACCCUCAAAGGGGAACUGCCUCAUCCACCACCAAUGUGUAGCACCCACCUACUUAGGCCCUAAAAUGAAUUUCAUAGUCCGCUAUUAUGGUACUUACUAAUUCAGUUGUAGCAUCUUUAUUAUUAAUACGUUUAAGUACCAACGAUUUGUAAACUGUGAACAACUGACAUGGCUGAUGUUUUUUAAACAAAGCUACCCAGAAAUCAGUCUUCAGAUUGUAGAUGCAAUCAAACUUUAUAAAACUAAUCUUCAUCCCACCACAUUUUUUUGUGGUAGUGACAAGUUGCCAAAAGUUUAAAAUGAGUUGAACCAACUUGAUGAUUUGCAUUCGUCUCUUUUCUACACAGGCCUUUUGAAUAGCCUCUGACCUCUGUAGUAUCUGUAUGCGAACUAUUAGCAAGAAAAUAAACGUUUUUUUUGCUGAUUUCAAAUAAUGUUUUCUUUGUCAAUUUAACCCCUUAGGCCUAACCAGUGCUUCUAUCUUGUGUCUUUCCUCUGUCUACUCUAGUGAAUGUCAUGCGGUGCAUAGUUUGUUGUCAAGACUGCAAACAGAGUGACAUCAUUGACAACUACUUUGUCAAGGACACCACCGAGGCCUGCAAGACUUCAGAUGAAAAAUCUGCACAGGUAUACCACAAUUUAACUCUUAUUCAAUUCAGUUACAUUCAAGUGGAUGGUUAAUGUAAUUUUAAAUUUUAUUUUUAUUUUUUAUUUUUUAUUUUUUUUAAUUUUUAAUUUUUUUGUCAUUUAGCAGACGCUCUUAUCCAGAGCGACUUACAGGAGAAAUUAGGGUUAAGUGCCUUGCUCAAGGGCACAUCGACAGAUUUUUCACCUAGUCGGCUCGGGGAUUAGAACCAGCGACCUUUCGGUUACUGGCACAACGCUCUUACCCACUAAGCUACCUGCCGCCCGUAAUACAAACUCCCCCUUUAUCAGCUGUUCGUAGCCUAAGUAGGUGUCUAAGUGGGGUUGUGUGUUUUGUCUCAUUCAGAUGUGCACCAGUUGUGAGGACAACGCAGAUACCAUUGGGUUCUGUGCAGAAUGUGGAGAGUGGUUGUGCAAAACCUGCAUCGAGGCUCACCAGAGGGUCAAAAUCACCAAGGACCACAAAAUCCGCAAGAAAGAGGACGUCUCUGAGGGUAAACUGUCCUACAAACCUAAACACAAUAUGUGAUGGGUACCCUAGAAUAUCAAGUGACAAUUUGACAUAGCCAAGUUGGACGUGUAGGCCAGAGGUUUCUAUUUGCAAGUAGAAGGCUCUGGUGUAGGCAUUUGGUGACCCUUAGCAUGGUGUAGUUUCCCCAGGCCUCCUAACUUCACAGCUGAUUGGCUGUUGCUGUGACAACCAUGCUGCAUAAUCAGUCUGAGUGCUCCAGUAGUAGUAGUAGAUUGGCCCGGCUCAUUCUCAGUAUAGCUGACAUGCAGUACUCUAUACUUUAUUCAUUAAUGUAUUUCUCUUUCUUUGAUUCUUUCUCUCACACUUUCUUUCACUCUUAAAAACAAAUUUAAAAAGUUGUAUUCUUUUGUCAUUUCUCUCUCUCUAUUUCAUACUCUCUUUCCUUUGUUUUUCUCUUGUCUCUGUAGAGUCUGUAGGUGUGUCGGAACAGAGGCCUGUGUUCUGUCCCAUCCACAAACAGGAGCCCCUGAAACUCUUCUGUGAAACCUGUGACACACUCACUUGCCGGGACUGCCAACUGCUGGAGCACAAGGAGCACAGGUAGGACAUGCAGUAGUGCAUAGACAACACAUGAUCUUUAGAAUAGGAAAUCAAAAUCUGUAGUGAAUUUUGGUCGGUAGUGGUGGUGGAUGGUAAUACGUUUGGUUUUGUGUUACAUUCACACACAUCCAGUGAGGAUCGAGCACAAAGAGAAAAGCAGCAAUCUAGUCCAGUGAUCUAAGCCUUGGUGUUCUUUGCUGAACAGAGUUUCUCUUCUCUCAGGUACCAGUUUCUGGAGGAGGCCUUCCAGAACCAGAAAGGCAUCAUCGAGACGCACAUGGUCAAACUGCAGGAGAAAAAGACCUACGUUCACUACUCUCACUCUCAGGUGACAAGCAGGUACAGCAGCAUUCCCAUCUCUACUGUGAACGUUGCUUGUUUGGAGACGUCAUAGCUGCAGGGGGAACUUUCCCCCAGGUAUAGAUCUAGAAUCAUCUUCCCAAAUCAAAUCUUAACCAUUAGUGGGGGAAAUGCUAAACUGACCCAAGAUCAGCGUCUAGGGGCCACUUCACCACCCUACAGUGAUUUCAUAAGGGCUUGUUUAUGGGUUGAGAAGUAAAGUGCUCUUUUGUUGUUUACUAGUGUGUCUCUAGUUUGAGUGUCUCUGGGUGUGUCCCCGUUUCCAUCCAGGAUAAAGGAAGUUACUGAUACCCAUAAGAAGGUGGAACAUGACAUCAAGAUAGCCGUGUUCACUCUUAUCAACGAAAUCAACAAGAAGGGCAAGUAUUUACUGCAGCAGCUUGAGGUAAGGCCAUCAUGGAACCUAUGCAAGGAAUGCAUUUGAACUUGUCCCUCAAAGCCUUUAGAAUUCCCCAAAUUACUUGAGUUAAAAUCAUUUAUGCUCUCAGGCCCGUUUUCCUAGAGACAGAUUAUGCCUAGUCCUGGACUAAAACACACUUUCAAUGGAGAUUUUUAAUCCAAGACUAGGUUUCGGGAAACCGGCCCUCAGUGUUUUGUCUAGGCCUAUAUAUUGAGAAACAUGAAUACUAAAGAAUCACUGAACUUAAUUUGGCUCUUACAUUGCCAGAUGAUGUGAAAUUGUUUCUGUGACAUUACUUGAAUACUGUUUUAAUUGAAUAAAAAGGGUUAGGCUUUACCCUAAUUACAUAGGCGGAUGGAUGCCUGUUGGUAACGUUUCUCCCUACGGUUUGUCCCUUGGUCCUCCAGUGUGUGACUAAGGAGAGGAGCAUGAAGCUGUUGUCCCAGCAGACAGACAUCGCCAACCUGGCCAGGCAGAUCCUCCACGUGCUCAACUUCACCCACUCUGCCAUUAACAGCGGCAGCAGCACCGCCCUGCUUUACAGCAAGAGGCUGGUACGGAGAACAAAUAAACAUACACAAAAACACACUCAGGGAAAGGCUCACACACACAAUCUAUUCUCCACACAGAAAGGCCAAAGAGUGCACUAUAAUAUGCAGAAGCUAUAAGGGUUGCCCUAUCCUAAAUCGAUCCUCUCUAUAAACUAUAGUGUCUAAAGUAUCUGCAAACCAAUAACAUCCCAAUAUCUUAAUAUGUGUCUGUGCAGAUCAUCUACCAGCUGCGCAAGGUCCUGAAGGCUGGACUGGAACCAGUGCCUCAGGCUAACGGAGCUGUUCGCUUCUUCUGUGACCCCACAUUCUGGGCCAAAAACGUGGUCAACCUAGGUGAGCGGAUUUACUACUCUACAUGCAGGGAAGUAUGCAAGGACAUCUGUUUCUGGCCACUGAUGGUACAGUAUAAAGCAUUGCAUAAAGCGGGAGAUGUGCCCUACCUGCACACUGAUGAUAGUGCUUCCCAAUGGUGACCACAAGAUUGGCAGACUGUUUGGCAUAGUUGCACAGUUUGGACUACGAGGAUUAAAUGUCUGUGCCUUUUUCUUUUUACGCUUGUAUCCUUUGCAUCAUGGUAGGACAGCAGAUUAUUUGACACGGCAAUGUCUAGGGGACUGGUAUAGACUACUAACAGCUCAGCUGGUAGAGCACGGCGCUUGUAACGCCAAGGUAGUGGGUUCGAUCCCCGGGACCACCCAUACACAAAAAAAAAAAUGUAUGCACGCAUGACUGUAAGUCGCUUUGGAUAAAAGCGUCUGCUAAAUGGCUUAUUAUUAUUAUUAUUAUUUUUACAUACUCAGUCACUUACUUUAGCCUCUCCUCUCUCACCCUCCCACUGUAGGGAACCUGGUGAUCGAGAAGAUGCCCCAGGCUCAGCACCCUCCCAACAUUAUGGUGGGGCCCAUCUCCCCGGGCCACGGCCACCCGGGCCACGGCAAAAGCCCGGGGCAGAUCAACCUGGCCCAGCUCCGGCAGCAGCACAUGCAGCAGCAAGCCUUCGCCCAGCAGAAACAACAGCAGCAGCAGCACCAACAGCAGCAGCAGCAGCAGCAGCAGCACCAACAGCAGCAGCAGCACCAGCAGCAGCACCAACAACAGCAGCAGCACCAACAACAGCACCAACAGAGGAUCCAGGAACAGAUGCGCAUUGCCUCCCAAAUGACCCAGCAGCACCCCAGGCAGGCUGUACCUCAGAUGGUACAGCAGCAGGUAGACUGAGGAGGACUGAAUGUCUUGAUGUUUUUAGGGUACCAUUGUUCCCAUCGAUAGCAGUGGUAUAGUGGAGGGAAAACGCAGUUUACACACCUUUUUUUAUUUUUCACAAGCAUUUACCCACCUAUUGCGGAAAAAUGCAUUGAAAAUAUAGGGAGUGUUAAUUUACUCAACCCAAACUGUGAUCAGCAUUUACCCCCCACAUAAAAAAAAAAAAACCAAUACAUCACUAAUCAAUAGUGCCUUACAGAAAAUAUUUCUGCAGUCAUAACAUAGUGGACCUAUAAUAGUACUGAAUAUUAUGUGUUGCUCUAAUGAUUUUGCUAAUGACAGUUGUAUUUUGGGGUAAAAGUAUAACUGUCUGUCCUCUGCUGUGUCUCUCCCUAGCCCCCGCGCCUCAUCAGUAUGCAGGCCCAGCAGAGGGGCCCCAUGAACGGCGGGCCCCACAUGUACCCCCCCCACCACCUGCGCCUGCCCCCGGGACAGGGCCGCAUGCCCAGCCCCAGUGCCCAGCCACGCAUGCCCAACGGCCAGCAGUACUCCCCCAUGAUGCAGCCUCAGCUGCAGAGACAGGUCAGACUACACCACUCGCAUUAUGUCCCUGAAGGGAUCAUUUUUUAAAAUUGAAUUGAGUUGAGGUAUAGAUACAUUAUUACUCCCCAAAAGGGAAAUUGAUCAGUCAACGCAUCCAAAGAUCAUAUCCAUAAAAUAAUAACAAGAACAAUCACAUAUAAACAAUAGGACGGCAGGUUAGUGGUUAAGAGCAUUGGGCCAGUAACCGAAAGGUCGCAGGUUUGAAUCCCUGAGCCAACUAGGUGAAAAAUCGGUUGAUGUGCCUUUGAGCAAGGCACUUAACCCUAAUUGCUCCUGUAAGUCGCUUUGGAUAAGAGCGCCUGCUAAAUGACUCAAAUGUAAUAUGUUUUAUGCAUAAACCGGUAUUACUGAUUGGUGCAACUGUCACCAUUUUGUAGUAGGAUUUUCACUGUAUGUAUGGGUACCUUUUUGUGUUUAGAUGACUGUAGAUUCUGAGCUGAGCGACCACAGGUUUCGUUUGUUACAUCUCACUGGGGUUUGGCACUUUUUCUACUUAUACGUAAAUGGUAGUUGUUAGGGCUGUGACGAUAUCAGUAUCGCAAUACUCGUUAGUAUCGUGGCAAGGAAACAAAACACAAAGCGGAUUGAACGUCUUAAGGAAAACAGCCCUAAUGUUGGAAGCAAACAUCAUUAUGUCGUCGUCCAGAGUCACAUUUAUUUAUUGUCCAAGCAAUAGCACACAAUUUUACAUACAGCAGGUUUUUAAAGGACCAAAUAGUCUGCUUUGUGUUUUUGCCAUGGAAAGAAUAUUGUGAUAUUGGUAUCAUCACAGUCCUAGUAGUCUUGUUGCAUGGGCAUGAUUCGUGAUUAUGCUUCCAAAAAUGACCUUUCAGCACGUUGUAGACCUGGUAGAAUUAAACAACAAUAAAUAUUCAAUGCUGUUGCAAAUCUCCAGUUUUUUACCUCCUUCUCUGUCCCUGUAGCAUUCAAACCCAGGUCAUGCUGGACCCUUCCCGGUGGCAUCUCUCCACAACGUGAGCGCUGCCAACCCCACCAGUCCCACCAGUGCCAGCAUGGCCAGCGCCCAUGCCCACCGUGGCCCCGCCAGCCCCAUAGUGGGCGCCAUCGACCUCAUCCCCUCCGUCACCAACCCAGAGAACCUGCCAUGCCUACCAAACAUCCCCCCCAUUCAGGUGCACACAGCCCUCAGGGACCAGGCACAUGUCACGCACCUCCAAAUCUCACCAUGCCUGCUUCCAUUCUCAUCCUUUCUCCUGGCCCCCACCCCUUUGCUUUUUGUAGAUCUGAGGGGAUUGGAUAAGUAUGAGUAAUAUGAUGAAUAUUUAAUGUAUACUGAGCAAAAUAUAAACGCAACAAUUUCAAUGAUUUUACUGAGUUACAGUUCAUAUAAGGAAAUCAGUCAAUUGAAAUAAAUUCAUUAGGCCCUAAUCUAUGGAUUUCACAUGACUGGGCAGGGGCGCAGCCAUGAGUGGGCCCACCCACUGGGGAGCAGGGCCCAGCCAAUCAAUUCGUUUUUUCCCCACAAAAGGUUUUUAUUACAGACAGAAAUACUCCUCAGUUUCAUCAGCUGUCCGGUUGGCUGGUCUCAGACGAUUCCGCAGGUGAAGAAGCUGGAUGUGGAGGUCCUGGGCUGGCGUGGUUACACGUGGUUGUGAGGCCAGGUGGACAUACUGCCAAAUUCUCUAAAACGAUGUUGGAGGCGGUUUAUGGUAGAGAAAUUAAGUAAAUUAUCUGGCAACAGCUCUAGUGGACAUUCCUGCAGUCAGCAUGCCAAUUCCACGCUCCCUCAAAACUUGAGACAUCUGUGGCAUUGUUGUGUGACAAAACUGCACAUUUUAGUGGCCUUUUAUUGUCCCCAGCACAAGAUGCACCUGUGUAAGGAUCAUGCUGUUUAAUCAGCUUCUUGAUAUCCCACACCUUUCAGGUGGCUGGAUUAUCUUGGCAAAGGAGAAAUGCUCACUAACAGGGAUGUUAAAAUAUUUGUGGGAUCUUUUUAUUUCUGCUCAUGAAACACUAAGUGUUGCGUUUAUAUUUUUGUAUAGUAUAGUUUCUGCCAUAUUGCUUAAUACCUAUCUGUGCUCAUUGAAGGAGCUAGGGGAAGGGGGUAGGAAGCGGAACGGAACCUGGCUCAAUUUAGAUCAAAUCAAAUGUGGUGCUCAUACAUGGACAUGGUGAUACUUCAUCAGAAAUGUUCACAAGGUGAACUGAAAAUGACCACUAAUUCAGUGUUAUUUUCCUGUGGCUGGAUGCUUUGUGGCACCAUUAGCUGGAAGACGCGGGCUCCAGCAGCCUGGACGCCCUCCUGAGUCGCUACAUCUUAGCCAGCACAUACCCUCAGCUGGGCCUGGGGCCCCCCGGGAACAUGAACCUCUCCCACGGACCCUCCACACACUCCCCUGGCUCCUCAGGUACUGGAGGACGACUCUACUACAACGAGCACAAACACUUUCUUCACACACACAGCUUCAAUCCAAUCUAUGAUUUUAAAAUCCUUUUCUCAAAUCACUGUCAUGGCUAUCACGUUUUAAAGAAGAAAAUUGUUUGUCUUACAUGACUUCUAUAUUACUGCCUCAUCCUUGCUCUCUGUCUGUCUCCCACCCGCAGGCUUAUCAAACUCCCACACGCCUGUGCGGCCAUCCAGUACGUCCAGCACAGGAAGCAGGGGCAGGUAAUGACGACACACAGGCCAAGCACUAGACCUCUGCUCAAACACCAGGACUCUCACAGUACUUUGAGACAAUGAUGAGAAAAUGACACUAUUACAUAAAACUGUGAAACAUCCAUAGGAUGCGCAGAAGGUAGCAUUGCAUAUACGGAACCAUUGAGUAAGCUGAACAAUGAAUCUCACUGGCAUACAUAAAUAUACACUAGCAGUCAAAAGUUUGGACACAACUACUCAUUCAAGGGUUUUCCUUUAUUUUUUAAAAUUCUUUACAUUGUAAAUUAGUAGUGAAGACAUCAAAACGAUGAAAUAACACAUAUGGAAUCAUGUAGUAACCAAAAAAGUGUUAAACAAAUCAACAUCUAUUUUAUAUUUGAGAUUCUUCAAAUAGCCACCCUUUGCCUUGAUUACGGCUUUGCACACUCUUGGCAUUCUCUCAACCAGCUUUACCUGGAAUGCUUUUCCAACAGUGUUGAAGGAGGUCCCGCAUAUGCUGAGCACUUGUUGGCUGCUUUUCCUUCACUCUGCGGUCCGACGCAUCCCAAACCAUCUCAAUUGGGUUAAGGUCGGGGGAUUGUGGAGGCCAGGUCAUCUGAUGCAGCACUCGUCACUCUCCUUCUUGGUAAAAUAGCCCUUACAAAGCCUGGAGGUGUGUUGGGUCAUUGUCCUGUUGAAAAACAAAUGAUAGUCCCACUAAGCCCAAACCAGAUGGGAUGGUGUAUCGCUGCAGAAUGCUGUGGGAGCCAUGCUGGUUAAGUGCCUUGAAUUUUAAAUAAAUCACACUGUCAACAGCAAAGCACCCCCACACCAUAACACCACCUCCUCCAUGCUUUACGGUGGGAAAUACACAUGCGGAGAUCAUCCGUUCACCCACACCGCGUCUCACAAACACACAGCGGUUGGAACCAAAAAUCGCAAAUUUGGACUCCAGACCAAAGGACACAUUUCCACCGGUCUAAUGUCCAUUGCUCGUGUUUCUUGGCCCAAGCAAGUCUCUUAUUCUUACUGGUGUCCUUUAGUAGUGGUUUCUUUGCAGCAAUUCGACCAUGAAGGCCUGAUUCACACAGUCUCCUCUGAACAGUUGAUGUUGAAAUGUGUCUGUUUGAACUCUGAUGCAUUUAUUUGGGCUGCAAUUUCUGAAGUUGGUAACAAUAAUGAACUUAUCCUCUGCAGCAGAGCUAACUCUGGGUCUUCCAUUCCUGUGGCGGUCCUCAUGAGAGCCUGUUUCAUUAUAGUGCUUGAUGGUUUUUGCGAUUGCACUUGAACAAAGUUUCAAAGUUCUUGAAAUGUUCCGUAUUGACUGACCUUCAUGUCUUAAAGUAACGAUGGACUGUCGUUUCUCUUUGCUUAUUUGAGCUGCUCUUGCCAUAAUAUGGACUUGGUCUUUUACCAAAUAGGGCUAUCUUCUGUAUACCCCCCUACCUUGUCACAACACAACUGAUUGGCUCAAACGCAUUAAGAAGGAAAUAAAUUCCACAAAUUAACUUUUAUGAAGGCACACCUGUUAAUUGAAAUGCAUCCAAGGUGACUACCUCAUGAAGCUGGUUGAGAGAAUGCCAAGAGUGUGCAAAGCUCUCAUUAAGGCAAAAUGUUUAAAACUUUUUUGGUUACUACAUGAUUCCAUAUGUGUUAUUUCAUAGUUUUGAUGUCUUCACUAUUAUUCUACAAUGUAGAAAAUAGUCAAAAUAAAGAAAAACCCUUGAAUGAGUAGGUAUGUCCAAACUUAUGACUGGUACUGUAUGUAUAACUGUGUAAGGGAGGUAUUGACUGUGUCUGUGUGUGUGACAAGCUGUGGCUCUGCGGGUAGGCCAGGGCCAGCAAGCGCCCCAAUGGAACAGCAGGUCAAAGUCAAGCAGGAGCCCGGAGCCGAGAAGGAGUGUGGUUUCUCGGGAACCUCCAACGUCAAAACGGAACGAGGGAAGGAUGGAGGGAGGAGCGCGUGCAUGGUAACACACCUAACUGCCCAGCUCUUUCAGCUCCUUUUAGCUUGUCUAGACCAAGAUCUAUAUCUAGCAGGUAUCUGUUGUCUGUUGAACACCAGAGGUUUUCGGCCUCACUUCUUGACGCUAAACCAGAAUUCUCAAUGUACUUAACCCACUUGAAAGGGUUCAGGUUUUUCUUUCCAUGUGUGUUUGUCCCACAGAUGAGUAGUCCAGAGAGCAGCCAUACUCCCCCUCUCCCCAUGUUGGGCUCUGUGGCUUCUGGUUCCUCUGUCCAGGACGUCCUCAAGAAGGUGGGGGAGUACGUCAAAACUGAGCCCCAGGACCAGGAGGCCUGCAGCGGGGCCAACAGGCCUGCGAACGCCCCUAUCACCACCAGCAUCACAUCCACUGUGGCCUCAGCCACACUGCUGACCAACGGCAAGGGAGCCGCAUCCGCUGCCCUGCGCUCUCCACGCACUGCGCAGGGGACCAACCAGAGCGGGGCAGGAGGGAAGGAGGACGACCCCAACGAGGACUGGUGUGCCGUGUGCAACAACGGGGGAGAGCUGCUUUGCUGCGACCGCUGCCCCAAAGUCUUCCACAUCACCUGUCACAUCCCCACCUUGAAGUGCUCCCCGAGGUGAGCCCCUGAUGUGUGCACACAGGCUGGCGUUGACUACAGUAGAUGUCAGAAUGAGAAUGAAUUUCAUUCAUCUAGCACCAUUCAUUCAAAGCCUUUUACAUUGGAUGCUGAUAUCUUGCUACACAUCAGCUAUAAUUUUCCCAUGUCUAUCUAUGCCUAUAUAUCUGGGUUAUUGCUUCACAUUUUCUUUCUGUGUUUCCCCUCUCAGUGGAGAGUGGAUGUGCACGUUCUGCCGGAGCCUGGCCAGCCCGGAGAUGGAGUACCAGCCUGACGACGAACCUCGUGGCGAAAAGGACAACAGUGAGCAGGGCCUGAGUCCUGAGGACCAGAGGGUCAGUGGAACCAUGCACCUGUAAUACCUAGAACACGCGUCAACCUCUUUCCACUGAGGGCUGAGUGUGUGCAGGUUUUCGCUCCUCCCUUGUACUUGAUUGAUGAAUUAAGGUCACUGAUUAGUAAGGAACUCUCCUCACCUGGUUGUCUAGGUCUUAAUUGAAAGGAAAAACUAGCAGACACGAGGCCCUCCAUUGAAUGAGUUUGACACCCCUCACCUAGAAUGUCUUUCCCUGCUUACAGUUGAAAGGAGUUUCCCAUAGGAUUAGUAGUUACUACUGCCACUGCCAAUUCAAUGCAUGUGGUCCUCUGUAGCUCAGCUGGUAGAGCACGGCGCUUGUAACGCCAGGGUAGUGGGUUCGAUCCCCGGGACCACCCAUACACAAAAAUGUAUGCACCCAUGACUGUAAGUCGCUUUGGAUAAAAGCGUCUGCUAAAUGGCAUAUUAUUAUUUCCACACUACGUAUAUCAGUGAAUUUCCAUUGACCAACUAAAACCCUGUUCCUGGAGCGCUACCGUCCUGUGCGUUUUCACUCCAACCUUAAUUUAGCGCACCUGAUUCUAAUAAUUAGCUGUUUGAUAAGCUGAAUCAGGUUAGUUACAACUGGGGUUGGAGCAAAAACCUACAGGAAGGUAGCUCUCCAGGAACAGGGUUGUAGAGCCCUACUUUAGAUGCCCUCACAUUUGAGGAGUGAAUCAGUGUGAAUCAAGUCAGUACAGCUCUCUUAGGUAGCAUAGUGGUUAAGAGCGUUUGGCCAGUAACUGAAAGGUUGCUGGUUAGAAUCCCAGAGCCGACUAGUUGAAGAAUAUGUCGGUGCACUUAACCCUAAUUGCUCCUGUAAGUCGCUCUGGAUAAGAGCUUCUGCUAAAUGACUUAAAUUUUAAUUUUAAAUGGAGUAUGUGAGUUCCAGACAACUUGUAUUUAGUAUGUUUGUGGUCAAGAAGCCUGAUGUGCUACUCCUGGCAUUUUUAUUUUCUGCGUUCAGACAGUGGGACACACAUGCCUCAGUCUCUCUCUCUCUGCUUUUCUCUCUCCUAGCUGAGGAAUGAUAAGGACUUGUGUAAUGUUCUCCUGAAUAACCACAACCCCUUUCUCUCCCUGCAGAGGUGUGAGCGCCUCCUGCUGUAUGUUUUCUGCCAUGAUCUCAGUGAGGGGUUCCAGGAGCCUGUCCCUCCCUCUGUAAGUAUCACCAGCAUGGAAAAGGCAAUGCCACCUGCAUUCUAUCUGACCUUGAUGGCCACAUGUACUCUUUACCUCUACUGAGUACAGCUUCUAGGUUUCUUCCUUCUAGGGACUUUUUCCUGGCCACUGUGUUCUUGAUUCUGCCAUUGGUUUCUUUGGGUUCUUGGCCUGGGUUUCUGUAGAAGCACUUUGUGUCAACUGCUGAUGUAAAAAGGGCUUUAUAAAUAAAUUUGAUUGAUUGGUUUAUUGACUCUGCCCUAUACCCACAGCACCACAUUACUUCAUCAUUGUGGCUAUAACCAUAAUGUUCUGUAUGUUAAAUUAAUGAACCAAUAUGGCUCUCAAAUCACAGUGUUCCCCUCUCACCAGAUCCCUAAUUACUACAAGAUCAUCAAGAAGCCCAUGGACUUGACCCUGGUGAAACAGAAGCUACAGUUGAAGCAUGUCCAGCACUACCAGAGCUCGAAGGAGUUUGUCUCGGAUGUGCGCCUGGUCUUCAGCAACUGUGCCAAGUACAACGAGGUGAGUGGGCAUGACUUCCAGGCAUGAGGCGAUGGGGCUGACUUAUAGUUGAAUGGAUGCAGGAGAACACAUGCACACUAAUACUGUAUGCUGACAGUGGGAAUACACUAUUCAGAAGGUUGAGAUCUUUGGCAUGGACUUGUGCACCCACAGGGAUUAACACUGGAUGACUGGAUGCAGUUACUGUGUACUCACACUAGACUGUUUGUUGUGAAUGUGGUGUUGCAAAACUAAUUUGCCGUUUUUCUAACCUGAAUAUUUUCAUGGCCACUGUCUUUCUGGUCAGUUAUUUUGUAAGUAGUGGGGUAGUCUGCUAUCAUAAGACUUCUUGAUUUGUUUACUGAGGAGUUAACAAAACAAGCAAACCUAUAAAAUAUUUACUAUAAUUGUCAUUAUUGCCACAAUAUAUUAGUUCAGAGAUUGUCAUUCUAAAUAAAUUUCUUGUAGAGAUGACCUUUUAAAAAGCUAAUAGGUUCCUUUUUGUCUGUAUUCAUUAUAGCUAACUGUUUCUAUCAACAAAAAUAUAAACGCAGCAAUUUCAAAGAUUUUACUGAGUUAAACUUCAUAUAAGGAAAUCAGUCAAUUGAAAAAAAAUCAUUAGGCCCUAAUCUAUGGAUUUCACAUGGGCAGGGGUGCAGCCAUGGGUGGGCCUGGGAGGGCAUAGUCCCACCCACUGGGGAGCCAGGCCCAGCCAAUCAAAAUGAGUUUUUCCCCACAUAAGGGCUUUAUUACAGACAGAAAUACUCCUCAGCCCCCCCCCCCCCCCCCCCCCCCUCAGACGAUCCCACAGGUGAAGAAGCCGGAUGUGGAGGUCCUGGGCUGGAGUGGUUACACGUGGUCUGGGGUUGUGAGGCAUGUUGGACGUACUGUCAAAUUCUCUAAAACGACGUUGGAUGCAGUUUAUGGUAGAGAAAUGAACGUUUAAUUCUCUGGCAACCGCUCUGGUGGACAUUUCUGCAGUCAGCAUGCCAAUUGCACGCUCCCUCAACUUGAGACAUCUUUGGCGUUGUGUGACAAAACUGCACAUUUUAAAGUGGCCUUUUAUUUGUCCCCAGCACAAGGUACACCUGUGUAAUGAUCAUGCUGUUUAUCAGCUUCUUGAUAUACUACCCCAGAAUGGAUUAUCUUGGCAAAGGAGAAGUGCGCACUAACAGGGAUAUAAACAAAUUUGUGCACAAAAUUUGAGAGAAAUAAGCUUUUUGUGCAUAUGGACAAUUUCUGGGAUUAGUUUUUUUCUGCUCAUGAAACAUGGGACCAACACUUUACAUGUUGCGUUUAUAUUUUUAUUCAGUUUAGUUUGUCAUUGACUGUUCCACACAAGUCCUGGAUCUUAAAGCAGAAGUUGCUUUUCUUUACAACCAAAUGUUAUAGAAGGGUCCAGACAACCAGCGAUUUUAAUUUCCUCAUCCUCAUUAUGCAGUACGGGGGCUCUGAAAAAACAUGAACAAAUGCUCCAAAAACACCCACAUGCGUACUUUUUGAAACAGAAAACGCUCUCAGUAUAUUGGUGUAGGUCUUUAGAUGUUGUACACAUGAAAUUGUGUCAUUCCGAACUUUAUCCACAGCAUUAUAUUCAAUUUUGUGCGACUCGAGCCGUUUCCCCUAUCCAGCUGUUCCAUUCUCAGUGUAGCAUGCUGCUAUAGGUAACUGCCAUAAUAAAGGAAACGCCAACAUUGUCUUAAUAGGGUGUUGAGCCACCAGAACAGCUUCAAUACGCCUUGGCAUAGAUUCUACAAGUGUCUGGAACUUCCUGUGUGGAAGCACCUGCUUUCAAUAUACUUUAUACCCCUCAUUUAGUGUUUCCUUUACUUUGGCAGUUACCUGUAGAAUGGACGUAGCGGUCGAGUCGCAACAAAAUGGAAUAUAACGUGGUGGAUAAAGUUUGGAUUUGCCACAAUUUCAUGUGUACGACAUGGAAAGACCGGCAUCACUAUACUAAUAGCUUUUCUGUUUCUAAAAUGACUCAUUUGGGUGUUUUUGGAGCCUUCAUGUUUUUCAGAGCCCCCUUACUGCACAACGAGGAUAAGGAAAUGAAUCGCUGGUUGGUGGUAAGUUUCUCAAAGAAGUGAAAUCGUAAAAAAAGGGGUCUGGUAUCUUUUUAAGACGCUGGUGUAAAGAAAAAGAAGCUAAAUACUCCUUUAGUGUAAUAAUGAAUAGUUUCAAUCUGAUACUAACCCAAAUACUUUAACCUUUCGAAUGCAAAAGAGUUGUCCCAUGUGUGUGGGAUCUUCGUCUUUGGCUUUGGAAGUCGAAAUGUGCCGAUGUCCGAAUUGGACCUUUGAUAUAGUGUCGAACAUGUUUUCAAGUGAUGUGUUUAGGGGGGAAAGUAAUUUACAAAGUGGUUGGUUUUCAACAUUGAUUUGAAAUGGAACAGAGGGGAACAAUAUGAUACCUUACAUUGAGAAAAUCAAUGAGGAACUUAGUUGUGGUGGUGACGUUAAAAGGUUUCCUAUUGGUUGAAGUUGACAUAGUCAGUGGUCCAGCUCAAUGUGCCAUAUAUGCUACAUAUGCAUAAGUUACGAUUUCCAAGGACACUUACUAGGUAUCAGUGAAUGAACUGUCAGUGUCAAGGACAGUAAAUCAAGCUAAACAAUUUAGCAGGGAGAGGAAGUGAAAGCUGUCACUCCCAGGAAUACGCCAGGACCCACGGCAAUGCCAUGGAUGCUGUUCAGAAUUCUCUCAGCAGGCAGAAGCAGCCAGGUAAAGACUGACCAUAGACUAGACUAGUUGGGAAAUGUAAUGACAAGAUUUACCCAAUGUCUGUAAGCUGCAACCUCAGUAAGUGAUACAGGAAGUGAAACGAGGAUAUGGAGGGUGACAAUGACACAAACCAUAUUUGGACACAAGUUCACUAAGGGGUGUAUAUUCCUUAGGCCCAAAGACCUAGGGUAGUGACAGUACACAUGGUUGUUACCUAUAACCUGUCUGUACUGUGAAAUCCCCCUCCCCCUUCUGCUUUUUUUGUAUUUUAUUGUACUGUUAUCGCCCCUUUUUAGAUGUCUCGAAUAAUCCAGGUUUAUGAUGAGGAGAAACAGAGUAAUGUGCAGGUAAGCUGUUUCUAAUACACAUGGAGGGGAAAGGUUCGGCUGCCCACCCUGCCACUAGGAAUGUUAACCCGCUAAUGUACUCCUCCCUCUCCCCUCCCAUUCCUUACCCAUUCAUCCCUCCUGUUCAAUGGUACCCUCACAUCCCACCCUCCCCUUCCUCAUACUCUCCCCCUCUUUCCUUUCCUCCCUCCCUCCCUCCCGGCAGGCGGACUCAGAGGUGGCGGAGGCAGGGAAAUCUGUGAGUUUGUACUUUGAGGAGAGGCUGCUGGAGCUCUACCCAGGUGAGAGUUUCCCCGAGGUACCAGAGGAGGCCGAGGUACCAGAGGUACCUGAGGAGCCCCAGGCCCCAGCUGGAGAGGGGGAGGAAGCGGAUCUCACAGAAGACUCCGAGGAUGAGUUUGUGCAGCCUAAACGCAAGCGGUUAAAAACGGAUGAAAAGCCGAUGCACAUCAAGUGAGAAUCAUUGUGUUAAGAGGAAAAGAAAAGGUCAAGAGAAGUGAAAGGAUUGUCUUCCUCAUCUCACGUUUUUUGCUUUUUUCCCUUUUAAGGCCACAUACGUAAAAUGCAGGACCUAUUGUACAAAUGUACAGGUUUAUUUCAUCCUUUUCCUCUUUUAAAGAGUUAUUGUAAAAUAGAAAUUAAAUCAAUCUGUGUAUCCGGCAAACUGGACAUUUUAAAAGACACCUCCAUUUCCUCUUCUGUGGCAAUUUAGGGAUGUUUAAGAAAGUGCUUGUACAGAUUUUAAAGUAUGAUUUUGUUUGCAGUAGUUAAAUGAAUGAGUCAUUUUUUUCUAUUAUCAUUUAUAAUGUUUGUAAAUCUAUUGUGAAACAUGCUUUAUAAAGUAUCUGAAACUCCCAUUUCCCCUAAUCUUGAUGUACUAUAAAGUUUGACAUGAAUUACCUACCAAGUAUUUGUAUUGUGUGUUUGUUAAAAUAUUUUACCGGCUGUAAAUAAGAGGACCCAAAUGAGGAAAAACCAGUGACUUGUUUGAUCUUUCAUCAAUAAAUAAAAGAUGUUCGUCAAAUA